AUGAUCAUAUGUGAUAUUAGUGAUGAUUGUAAUGUAUCUGUGCUGCGACACGGUCGCACGUUACCGUGUGAAAUACGUGAGCAAGGUACUUCUGGGAUAUAUCGAGUCGCUUUCACGCCAGACGGUGCGGGACAAUAUAAAAUUCACGUCUUAUUCAACAACAUGGAAGUGAAAGGAUCUCCAUUCAUUCUGGAUAUAGCUGAUGCAAGUUCAGUGUCUGUAUAUGGUGAUAAUUUGAGAAUGACAUCAGUUGAUCGUUUGAGUACGUUCAUGAUACAUGCGAUUGGAGCUGAUCUCAAAGAUAUCACUGUCACGAUCACUGGUUAU